AUGGAGGAGGCCCGCGAUCCCAGGAAGGGGAUGACCCUCUCCAGGAGCCCGGGCAUGGGGCGCUCGAGGUCUAGGACGCCCGACGGCACCCGCGCCCGCCAGUCGUGGAUCGUGACCAAGGCCCAGGGCCGGCACGCGUUCCCCUCCGAGACCCGUGGGCAGCAGGGAGAUCGGGAUUCCCGCCGCCCUCGCUCCCGCUCCGGCGACAGGAGGGGGGCGUCGUCGAGGCGGCGCUCAACCGAGCGGCGCCAGCCGCCCGAACUGGCGGUGGAUCGGCUUACCAAGAGCACUUCGGCAUGGCUGGGCUGCCAGGAGCAGGAGGACCUGGAGAUGGUGGGCAUGUGCGGCAGGCGACCCGGGCACCGGGUCCCGCACUCGAGGAGGGCCGCGGGGGGGAGGGACGGCGCGGUGCGCGUCAACAAAGGUAUGCAGGAGGCUGAAUCCGAUGAGGCGUCUCCCGGGAGGCACAUCCACGACUCAGUUGGGUCGAUCGUGCAAAAGGGGGGCGGGUCCGGGUGCCAGAGGGAAGGGUACUUCUCGGACGAGUACACCAGCCCCAAGCUGGCCGCCCACCCGCGCGGGGGUUCGUUCUACAUCCCGGACUCUAGGGCCGGCCGCGGAGCAGGGAAAUCUGGCGAUGCGGGCGGGGAAACGGACAGGAGCAGGGAUGGGGAGGUGGAGUCGGAUUGCAACGAGCUGAGCUUCAAACCCGGAAGAGAGAGCUCCGGAUCGCCGGACAUGUUCUGUCCCACCCCGCGCAGGAACCCGGGGCGGGCGAGGGGGUACGUGGGCAGGAGCCCGGAGCAGGAUGGUUCCGACUGGGGGUGCGACUCGAGGUGCGGAUGGGCGGAUCCCCAGCUGUCGGCCAAGCCACGCCGGAGGGCGGAGGGGGGGAUGCGGGAGGAGGGCGGGAAGUAUGGGGCGGGGUUGAGCCCGGUGAAGAGCGGCCCUGACAUGGUGCGAAGGAGCGUCGGGGACCGCCCCACGCCGAGGGGCGACAGGUCGCCGUCCCCCUUCGACGUGAUGAAGACGGCGCCGGAGAUGCACGUGAGCUCGAGCCUGAUGGGCACUCAGGAAAUCCUGCGCACCAACGACCUGAUGAGGACGGCGGACCUCAGGUGGGACUUUCUGCAGUCGACCGACGUUUGCUGGGACCUCAACUCCCGGGACGCGGAGAGGUUGACCCCCGGGGCCCAGGGCCGCUGGACAGAGUCUGGACGACCUGGUGUGAGGCACCGAUCCCCAAGCACAGGGGCACAACCAGUCACACCACACAACCUGCCCCGCAUGCCCAGCAAGGACAAGAAGCAAAAGGGGGGAUUCAUCAGCAAGUUGCUGGCCGGGUGCUGCAGACCAGAGAGCGUGAUGUAUGAUGCUCCAGCCAGGGCCCAAGUUCCACAGCAGCGGCGGCCAUCUUUCUUUGCCCACCGGCAGCCCACUGAGCGGGAGGCCACCCUCCAAAGGUUCGCCACUCGACAGAAGUUCAUGGUCAAUCUCAUCGAGGAGGAGCGAUUCAACCCCAACGGCUCGGCGCGCCAGCAGUGA